UCAAAAGUGAGACCCACCCAUGUCUAAAAAUAUCUCAUGGAGACCAUACCAAUUCAUUUCACUCCACACAACUUAUCCAACCUUAUUGAAGGGUCUUAGACACUCCUAUAAACCCCUCAUUCGGACUCCCAAGGAUAAGGGAGAAGGAGAGAGCCACACAACCAACAAAGCAAAGGAAAGAACAAGCUGUCCGCAGGGUAAAUUUCCAGUGAGCAAGGUUGCUUGUUUGAUUCAUAUCUCGAGCUAUACUAAUCCAAAUAGAGCGUGUGAGGUGCCCAAAGAAAUCUCUCAAGAAGAGGAAUCCGUUAAAGUGCGGUUUGCAGCAAACGGAGUAGGCGAAGACUUCCAAAUCGUUGAAAGAAAACACAGCCUCGCAUAAACGGAUUUGCCUCUUUAUAGUUAGGGAAUGAUUUCCCCGGAAAACACCCAUUCUUGGGGUUGUUUUUGUACUUUCGGUUAAGAGUUGAGCAAGCACCUUGAAGAGGCUGUUUAACACUCAUUUCUAAGCAAGGAAUCAGUUCUCAAACUUCCUUGGGCAAAGCUUUGAGCAUUGCAUUGAGAGGGAAAAGCUUAAAACUCAUUUGAGGUGAGGAUGACCGACUAUAUUGUUUAUAAUUAGUGAGUUGAUUUCAUGAGAUUACCUAAAGUACUUAAUCAUGAUUUUAUGGAUUAUUAAUGAUUAAAAAAUACCAAGGAUGAGAUGACUUGGUUUUAUAAAGAAAAGGAGCAUGAUAUACAUAUUUAGAAAUAAUUAUGUAUGAUUAUGUGUAAUUUGUAUGAUGGCAUGCUAAUUGGAUAACUAUGAAGCUUGUUGAUGAAAUAUACCUUUUAACUCGUAUAAUGAAGAUUGUAUGAAUGACCAAAAGGAUAUUUUGUGUAUUGAGAUAAAUUAGGUUUUUAUUGGAAAUCUUUGAAUUGGCUAAAUGACCAUGGAUGGAGAACUUGGUUGUUCUAAUAUUAAUCCGACUAUUAUUAAAAUACUAGUCGGGAAAUUAAUAUGUGAAUAUGCUAGAAUUGAUCCUAAGGAUGGUUUGUG